UUCUUAAUUCUUAACUACCAUUCUUCAACGCUAUUCCUAUUCCUUCUAUUUUUGUGCAAUACUUAGAAAUAUAUAUAUAUUUUUUCUUUCUCAAAUGAUUCAAAUGCUCAAUGAUUCCUUAUAUUCCUUUUUUUGUGUGGUAAUAGUAACAUAUAUGUAGUUUAGGUUGUUGAGUUACACAUGUUUUGUUUGUUAUAUGUUGUUGUCUCCUAUAAAGGAAACUUCUUCCAACCAUUUGGAUCACCUUAAUUGGACAAAGAUUCCAAAGUUUAUUGCUUGGUUCAAACCCUGCAUGCUGUUCUUUGGUUAAAGUGUUUUUCUUUUUCUUCCCAAUAAGGUGGAAAAGAAAAAAAAAGUUUUUUGAUUAGUUUUUUUAGCUAGUAACUGCUUUGCAUAGUUUUCAGUUUCUUCAACUGUCUGAUCUCAAAUUAACGGUCGAGAUUGUUUGAAAAUGAUUUUGUUAUCGUGUAAUUUGGACAGUCUGGUUUCAAAUUAAUGGCUGAGAUCGUUUAGUGCAUGUAAAAACUUUAAGAGUAAAAGAUAUGAAAAACAUUCUUAAGAAGUUUCAUAGCAUGUCUAAGAAAUCAGAAAAUGAACAAAGGAUUGCUUCAUCAGAGGGAAACAAGUCAAAUCAUGGUUCAUCAUCUAUGAGGCUUUUGAGUUCUAGUUGGUUGCAUUCAGUUGUUAAUAGGAAGAAUCUUAGUUCUACAUCUUUGAACCAAGGAAAAGUUGAGAGGAUGGAAGUGGAAUCAUCUGAUAUUGUGAGAAAUGUUGGUUUGGAUGUUGUUUCGGAUUCGGAUAGACAUGAUACGGGUUGUUGUGCAAUUGGUUCAAGGGAUCAUGAAGUGGAGGAAGAGUAUCAAUUAAAAUUGGCUUUGGAGUUGAGUGCAAAGGAGGAUCCUGAAGCUGUGCAGAUUGAAGCUGUGAAGCAGAUUAGUUUGGGGUCUUGUGAUCCUGAUAAUACACCAGCUGAAAUUGUGGCAUACAGAUACUGGAAUUACAAUGCUCUUGGUUAUGAUGACAAAAUCCUGGAUGGCUUCUAUGAUCUGUAUGGGAUCUUAACCGAGUCAACCACCGCAAGAAUUCCUUCUCUUGUAGAUCUUCAAGGAACACCAAUCUCAAGUAAUGUCAAAUGGGAAGCUGUUUUGGUCAAUAGGGCUGCUGAUUCCAAUUUGUUGAAACUUGAGCAGAAAGCCCUUGAGCUGACUGGAAAAUCGAGACGUGAUUUGGAAGUAGUUGUAUAUGCCGAUUUGGUUCACAAGCUUGCAUUAUUUGUGGCUGAUUAUAUGGGUGGACCAGUCAGAAAUCCUGAAAGCAUGUCAAAAGCAUGGAGAAGUCUUAGUUAUAGUCUGAAAACAACUCUUGGUAGCAUGGUUUUGCCGCUCGGUUCUUUGACUAUUGGAUUAGCUCGGCACCGCGCAUUGUUAUUUAAGGUUCUAGCUGAUCAUUUGAGUAUUCCAUCACGGUUGGUGAAAGGAAAGCAAUAUACAGGUUCUGAUGACGUGGCAAUAAACUUUGUCAAGAUUAACGACGGAAGGGAGUACAUUGUUGACCUUAUGGCAGAUCCUGGAACUCUUAUUCCAUCUGAUGCUACUGGAUCACAUAUCGAGUAUGACGAGUCCUUUUUUAUGGCAAGUCCUUCAUCAAGAGACCUCGAUUCGUCUCGUGUUGCAUCAUCUAGCAGUGGUGUUGGAAGUUCAUCGGAAGAAACUUCAGAUUUUGUGAUGUCAGACAGAGGAAACAGAUCAAAACAUCAUCAUGCUAUGAAGAUCAUUAAGCAGGAAGCUUCCGGUAGACCUAAUCAUCGAUAUGUGCAUGCAAGAUCGUCUUCAUGGAGUGAAGGGAACGGUUCCUCGGUACUGACCAAAAUGAAGGCCAAAAACGUUUCGCAAUUUAUGAUUGAUACGGCCAUGGAAAACCCUCACUUAGCUCAGAAACUUCAUGAUGUUUUGCUCGAAAGUGGUGUUGUUCCUCCUCCAAAUUUAUUUUCUGACAUUUAUCACGAAGAAUUAGUUUUCUCAACAGAAGAAAAAGAUGAACAUAAACAAGGAAGCAAACAUCAGGAAACGGAAUUCGACGAUAAUCUUGGUCCUGCUAGAUUUAAGCCUAUAGAAGGUUUAGGAACUAAAUUCCCUCUUAAUAAAAGGGAAGGAGUUGAAAAAUUUAUACCAACUCAGGUAAAAUACGGGGAAAAUGUCCCAGUUGCUGCAGCAGCAGCCGCAGCGGCAGCAGUUGUUGCAUCUUCUAUGGUAGUUGCAGUGGCGAGGUCAAGCAUUGACUCCAACAUUCAGCUUUCGGUCUCAGCAGCCGCUACUGCUACUGCUGCGGCUGUUGUAGCAACCACUGCUGCAGUAAGUAAGUAUGAGCAUAGCAGUCGAAGUGACGGGGAUACCGAGAGUUCUGGAACAAAUUUGGAUGGUGAGAGAAGAUCUGGUAGCUCAGCUGUAAGUAAUGGCAGUGCAAAAUCCGACUGUUCUUCUCUAGACGAUGUUGCCGAGUAUGAAAUUCUAUGGGAGGAAAUCACGCUCGGCGAGCGUAUUGGACUUGGAUCUUAUGGAGAGGUGUUUCAUGGUGAAUGGAGAGGAACUGAAGUUGCUGUCAAAAGGUUUCUAAAUCAAGAUAUAUCUGGUGAGGCACUUGAAGAAUUCAUAAGUGAGGUCAGAAUAAUGAAAAGAUUGAGGCAUCCAAAUGUGGUUCUCUUCAUGGGAGCUGUAAUUCGACCUCCAAAUCUUUCAAUUGUUACUGAAUAUCUUCCAAGAGGAAGUUUGUAUAGAUUAAUUCAUCGGCCUAACAAUCAAUUAGAUGAGCGAAAGCGUUUGCGAAUGGCCCUUGAUACUGCUCGAGGAAUGAACUACUUGCACAACUGCAGUCCAGUGAUAGUGCAUCGCGAUUUGAAGUCUCCAAAUCUUCUUGUUGAUAAAAAUUGGGUUGUAAAGGUAUGUGAUUUUGGCUUAUCGCGUAUGAAGCACAGUACAUUUCUUUCUUCAAGAUCAACUGCAGGAACAGCCGAGUGGAUGGCUCCCGAAAUGUUGAGAAAUGAACCGUCAAAUGAAAAGUGUGAUGUUUAUAGCUUUGGGAUCAUAUUAUGGGAGCUAUCUACUUUGCAGCAACCUUGGAGAGGAAUGAAUUCAAUGCAAGUUGUUGGUGCCGUGGGUUUCCAACAUCGCCGUCUUGACAUCCCCGAAAACAUCGACCCUUCCAUUGCAGAUAUUGUCAGAAAAUGCUGGCAAACAGAUUCGAAGUUAAGACCUACAUUUGCUGAGAUAUUGGCGGCUCUAAAGCCAUUACAGAAGCCAAUUGUCGGUUCUCAAGUGCCUCGACCGACUACAUCAGGUAGGCACGGGAAGGCGCAACCACCAGCUGCAGAAAGAUAGGAAAUAAUCAUACAACUAACCAAAUGUUUGCUCAUUUUACUACUAAUAAAAAUGGAGGACUUUGCUGUAUAGUACAUUUUAAAUGAAAAAAUUUGAGUGCUUCUCUUUGUUCUUUUCAAUUCAAUUUUGUUGCUUUUCUUUUCCUUUUUCUUUCUUUGUUUCUUUAUGUUUUGUUGGUUUUCUUUCUGUAAUCUCAAUUAGCAGUGCAGUCAUCUGUAAUUUUGAUGUUGAUAGUUAGUUAUGAAAUUUUGUAGCUGUAUCUUAAACAGUUGAAGUUAAUCAAUUCUAGAAAUGUUUGUUGCUGUAAA